CUCCAUCCCACCUUUAAUGCAGAUGCCUCACGGGCGCCGUCCACUGUACACAUCAUGCCGAGAGCCAAGAACGGACCAAGCCAUCCAGGCUAACGAUCUGAUAACAUUUGAGUGGCCAUGGAUUCACUCCCGUUUGGAGCUGGGUCAGAAUGGGUGGGCCGUCGUCGUACCGAAGACGGCAGCACCUUCUCCAGCCAGGCCAGCUUAGCCAAUCUCAUCCAUCUCCAGGAGCCCACUUCAUCGUCCCCAGACAUGCACAAUAUCGAUAUGAGAUAGAGGCAUCGCGGAAUCGACCUUCUAGUGUUUCUCUGCGUGUUUGACAGUUAAGCCCACAUCGCGCUCAUGCAAAUCGUGCCACACAAGACCAAAAAAAGCCCCAACCCUGUCUCAAAAUGGGAUCAGUAGGCGUUGAUGAGCAAGGCCUCACACAGGCCGAUGCUCACCCCUUCAAGCACUACUCGAUUGAAGGCCUUUUCUCACCAAGCGAGACCUGCCUUCCCACAGCUUUAAGAGCCGAUAUCCUGCUCACAUCAUGGCUAAUUGUGCUUAUGCGGACGAAAGAGGAACGCCAGGCCUCCUUUGAAUGGGCUUACGAUGGCUGGGACGACGAUGCCGUACACCAGAGGACGGCUAGAUGUCUAUCGACUGAUGAGGUGUUACCUGGGCUGGACCUGGACAGCUCCUUGGCAGACGCCAUCCAGAGAACGUCUCGCAGCCAUGCCUCGGGCGUGAAAGAUCUAUGCACAGAAACAUCGUGCCCCAACCAUCUUCUCCUGAGUACCGGAUCUCUAUCCACCACGUCAAAUGACGAGCAAGAUGAGGGCGCAAUCCAUCUCGAGGUGCGGCUUGACGAUGGACGACUCGCAAUCCGGCCCGCAUGGUAUAGCGAGAAGGUCCUGCCGUACACUUUGGCGCUGCAUAUGGAUAUUCUAGUCGAUAUCGUCGAAAUGUGCCUGUCAAAUCCUGGCGCAUCUAUCCAGAGCUGCAUGACACCAACCAAGCACGAUCUGGACUCGAUUUGGAGGUGGUGUCACAACCUUCCUGCAACCCAUGAUUUUUGCAUGCAGGAAAUGGUCGCGGAGCAGGCAAAACGACAUGCAGACAAAGUGGCAAUCGACGCUUGGGAUGGAGCUUUAACGUAUGGUCAAAUCGAGCAGUAUUCCACAUAUCUGGCGGGCCUGCUCCGAGACUCAGGAGUCGAAACACACGAUUUCGUCCCUCUGUGCUUCGAGAAGUCCAGGUGGACAAUCGUGGCCGUUUUGGCAGUUAUGAAAGCCGGUGCGACCAUCGCAAUGAUGGACCCAUCACUCCCGCUUGGGCGGCUGCAGAACAUGGCAGUCCAAGUAGGCGCGAAGAUAAUGGUCUCUUCACGCCUGCAGCACGACCUAGGCACCAACAUCCUACCAGAAGGACCCCGAUUCGUCGUGGAAGAGGAGGCCUUCGCGACCCUAACAGACUCCUCGGAACUCCCCACCCUCCCAGCUGUGCCGCCAACCGCCCUGAUGUACAUCAUCUUCACCUCCGGCAGCACAGGCACGCCCAAAGGCGUCAAGAUCUCCCACAGGACCUACACGAGCAGCGCGAUCCCCCGCGCGGCCGCGGUCGGGUAUUCAGAGGAAUCGCGCGUGCUGGACUUUGCCUCAUAUGCCUUCGACGUCAGCAUCGACAGCAUGCUGCUGACUCUCGGCAACGGUGGCACGCUGUGCAUUCCUUCGGACGAGGACCGGCUCAACGAUAUCAACGGCGUUAUGCGGCAGAUGCGCAUCAACUAUGCGGGCAUCACGCCGUCCGUCGCUCGGAUCCUGGAGCCGGAUGUUAUUGCGUCGCUGACUGCCUUGGGGCUGGGCGGCGAGGCGUCCGCGCCGAGGGAUGUCAACAUGUGGGGGAGGGAGACGAGGAUCGUUAUCGGGUAUGGUCCCUGCGAAUGUACCAUUGGUUGUACGGUCAACAGCAGCGCGGCCACCGGGAGGGAUUACAUCUCUAUCGGCCCUGGCAACGGUGCGUCGAUCUGGAUUGUUGAUCCCAAUGACCACGACGUCCUUGUACCAGUUGGUGCUGUCGGGGAGCUUCUUGUCGAGGGCCCGAUCGUGGGACAGGGCUACCUCAAUGACGACGAGAAAACCACGGCGGCCUUCAUCCACGACCCACCAUGGCUGCUUGCCGGCCACAAGAGCUAUCAUGGUCGCCGGGGCCGUCUUUACAAGACCGGUGACCUGGGCAUGUACGACCCGGAUGGGUCCGGAGAGAUUGUCUUUGCCGGACGCAAAGAUACCCAGGUUAAGCUUCGCGGCCAGCGAGUUGAACUUGGCGAGAUCGAGAGCCAGCUCAAGGCCAGCCUGCCUUCAGAUGCCAAUGUGAUCGCCGAGGUUAUUGUCCCUCAGGCAUCUGGAGGUCAGCCUACUUUGGUGGCAUUCGUCUCGCAAUUGACCAAGGUCAAUGGAGUUGAAGAAUUGGAGGCUGCUCAGCUCUCUGCAGAUCUCACGCAAGCGUUGUCCGGUAUCAACACCAUCUUGGCGAAGGUACUGCCGCGAUACAUGGUGCCAAACGCCUACAUCCCUGUCAGCUACAUCCCGACCUUGAUCUCGGGCAAAAUAGAUCGCAAGAGACUCAGACAAUUCGGUGCAACGGUCGAUUUGCAGAAACUAGACCAAGGCCCCGCAGCGAAGACUACCCGGGAAUCCAGAGAUCUGGACGACAUCGAGCAGUGUUUACGCCACGCCUGGAGCCUGGUACUGAAGGUUGCGGAAGACUCGAUCCACCCACAGGACAAUUUCUUUUCACUCGGCGGUGAGUCCCUGGCCGCUAUGAAGCUAGUAUCCGUGUGCAGAGAGCGGGGUCUCGAUCUGUCCGUGACCAGCACCUUCUCUCAUCCCACACUUGAGGAAAUGGCGGAGACCGUCCGCAUCUACGACGUGGACGUCCAGACGGAGACACCACCGUUCUCACUCAUCUCCCAGUCCCUCGAAAGUGCAUGCGUGGAGGCAGCACAGGCAUGUGGAACAGAUCCAGAAGCCGUUGAGGAUAUCUACCCUUGCACACCCACCCAGGAGUCGCUGAUCACCUUCUCUCUGAAGUCGACGGAGCCGUACGUGGCUCAGAGAAUCGCGUGUAUUCCAUCAAACCUGAGCCUCGAUGCAUUCAAACAGGCCUGGGAGUCGGUCUUCGCCGCAAACCCCAUUCUGCGGACCCGCGUGGCACAGCUACAGGAUCCAGGGCUUCAACAGGUUGUGCUGAAGCAGGCAAUCGACUGGAGGCACUCCACCAGUCUACCCCAGUACUUGGAAGCUGACCGCAAUGAGAGGAUGGACCUCGGCCAGAGCUUGGCUCGGUACGGCAUUGUCGAGGACGAGAGCGACGGCAAUCGGUACAUGGUCUGGACCGUCCACCACGUACAAUACGACGGCUGGUCAGAACCAUUAAUCCUCGAUAUGGUCUCACGGGCCCUGGAGAACAGCAGCAUCGUUACCCAGCCCAAGGCGCUGAUGAAAGACUUCGUCAAGUGGGUACAUGAUACCGACCAGAACGCUAUGCAAGACUUCUGGCGGAACGAGCUUGAAGGCGCCAUCGGGCCCCAGUUCCCAGCCACGCCGUCGAGAGACUAUCUCCCAACCCCCAACGGCACAGCCGAGCGUCUGAUCUGCCUCGACAAGACCGACGGCCUCCCCUUCACAAUCGCAACCCUAAUCCGCGGCGCCUGGGCCCUCGUGGCCUCGCAGUACACAGGCAGCGACGACGUCGUCUUCGGCGAGACCCUCACAGGCCGAGACAUUUCCCUCCGCGGCGUUGAGGACGUCCUGGGGCCCAUGAACGCCACGGUCCCUGUACGCGUACGUAUCGACAGGGCUGCCUCGGCAAAGUCCUACUUGGCCGCCGUGCAGCAAGCCAUGUCAUCACGCACCCCCUAUCAGCAUAUGGGCAUGCAGUACAUCCGGCGGGUGAGCCGCGACGCGCAGCACGCGUGCGAGGCGCCAACGGGCAUCGUCGUGCAGCCCGAGCCGGAGCUGGUCGGCGGCGCGCUGGGCUUUGGGCUUGGGGAUCCCGUGCGGGAGGCGCUGCACUUUAACCCCUACCCACUCAUGCUCGCCUUUGGGCUGCGGAAGGGCGGGUUCCGGGUUUGUGCCAGCUUUGACAAGAGCCUGGUUGAUGUUGCACAGAUGGAGAGGGUGCUUGCCCAGCUCGAGGCUGCGUGUCUGCGUCUGACGGAGGACCUUGACAGGAAGGUCGGCCAGGUCUCGUGUAUGCCUGAGGAAGAAUUGGACCAGAUAUGGCGGUGGAACCAGACUGCGCCGUUGGCCCCUGAGGAGGCGACGGGCAGAUUCCGUGCCAAUGGGGCCAUCAAGCCUGGGUCGCAGUACCCGCGAGUGGCAAACCCCUGGGUUUGCGACCCUCGCAACCCAUCUCAUCUCACACCCAUAGGCUGCCAAGGAGAGCUAUGGCUAGAAAGCGCCGUGCUCACGGAAGACGUUGUCGAGACUCCCGCUUGGCUAAUCGCCGGAAGCUCCGAAGUUGUCGGCCGUGCGGGCAAGGUUCAGCCCACCGGUGAUAUCGUCCAACUGCGACCUGACGGAAACUUACUCUUCGUCGGCAGGAGAGAUGAUGUUAUGCCACUGUCAGGACACGCAAUCAACGUGGCAGAUCUCGAGGCACACUGCGCCAGGCUCCUGCCGCAAUCAGCCCGUGCCGCCGCAGCGGUCUUCCAGCCAGUGGCGGAUGGCAAGAAGCAGGCACAGGACCAAGAAUUGGUCAUCCUCAUUGAGCAACAGCCUCAGGGGGAAAAGAGUGUUGAACUUAUGUUCAUGAGCCACGAUAUUAGCUGCGAUGAGGCUGAUCCUGACAGCUUCAGGGCAACCAUCUAUUCCGAAAUUCCCGUCAGCCUUGCCAUGGCACUCAAGAAGCUCGACAAAUUCAUCAGAGACGAUCUACCAUCCAGUCUGCAGCCCUCAGCCUAUGUGGUGGUGGACAAACUGCCCCUCGAGAACGGCCAUGUGGACCGUGCCAUGUUGAACACUUUCGCCUCAGGGAUCGCAUCACACGUCCUGGGUCAGCUUCGCGAUGGAUACAACAAGGUCUGGGAGACACUGGGACAGGCAAAUCUGUCAGCGUCCGAAGACAUUCUCCGAUCUGCAUGGGCAAAACUGUUGUGCAUGCGUCCAGAGCAGAUCGAUGUCGAUGACAACUUCUUCCGCCUCGGAGGCGAUUCGGUACUGGCCAUGAAGCUGGUGUCGGGCCUCCGCGCGCAGGGCCACGGCCUCUCCGUGGCUGAUGUCUUCCAGCACAUGCGCCUUGGUGAUGCUGCCAGGGUCCUGAAGGUCAAUUCAGCACCUGCCGGCAAGGCACUUCCAUACAAGCCCUUCUCCACUCUAGGUGUCCAGAAUGUGGACCAAUUUUUGGCCGAUGUUGUGCGCCCAAAGCUUGCUGUCCCGAGCUGGUCAAUCAAGGAUGCCGCACCGGUGACGGACUCGCAGGCCCUUGAUAUCAGAGGAACGGUCCAGGCACCGCGAACUUCUGUUCAGUAUACUAUGCUGCAUUUCGAGCAGGCAAUUGAUCAGUGGAGGCUUGCCGAUGCCUGCAAGGACCUGGUCAAGACCCAUGACAUCCUCCGAACCGUGUUUAUCGAGCACGAGUCGACCUAUUUCCAGAUCAUCCUAGAUGAGAUCAACAUCGCUCUGACAACGCAAAGCGCCGAUGAUGGCAUUGACGAAGCUGUCAAUAAGGUCUGUACAGAGGACAUUGAAACCGACUUCGCACUCGGAUCAUCGUUCUUCAAGCUCUUCCAUGUCGAGGGCAAUGAUGGAAACCACUGUCUUGUCAUCAGGCUAUCGCACGCCCUAUACGACGGAAUGUCUCUCCCCCGUCUGCUCGAGGACCUCGAGACACUGUACAGCAGCAGAAAGGUCGGCGACUUCGAGCCGUUCCCCUCCUACAUCGCACGAAGCUUUGAACAAAGCUUGCAAACAAAAGCACUCAGCUACUGGCGCGACCUUCUGCAAGACUCAUCACUCACCGUCCUGGAAGGUCAAACCACUGAGCCAGCGGACAGGGGUGUCUUCAAAGAAGACCUCGCCAUCGAGAACUUCCGGGUCCUGGCCGAGAUCACCACGGCCAACCUCCUCACGGCAGCGUGGGCCCUCCUUCUAGCCCGCCGCACAGGCACGUCAGAUGUGACCUUUGGCGGCGUGACAUCCGGCCGUGGCAUCGACAUGGCCGGCGUCGAGAACGUCGUGGGUCCCUGCUACCAGAUGACCCCCAUCCGGGUGCCCUUCGAGCCGACGUGGACGGCAGCCGACCUGCUGCGCUUCGUGCAGCGGCAGAGCGGCGAGUCCGCGGCGCACGACUUCGUGGGCUUCGCCAAGAUCUCCAGGGAGUGCACGAGAUGGUCAGGCGACGGGGCUACGCCGCAGUUGUUCUUUGACUCGAUCGUGCACCACCAGGACUGGGAUGAUGCGGACAGCAUGCCCUUCGCGGGCACGACUGCCAGGCUUGAGAUCUCGAACCCGCAUGGGGACGCGCCACGGCCCCUGAAGGCCGUGUCGUUCGUCAAGGAGGGCCACCUGCGGGUUGGUGUAGUCGGCAGCGAGAGGGAUGCGAAGCUUGUUGGGUCGCUGCUUGCUGAGCUUGUAGCCGCGGUGCAGGAGCUCGCGAGCCCUGGUGGUGGACAGAUUGUGCUUGGUGCUGAUGCGGUGUAGAUGCGAGUUACAGGGACCUUGGGAACCAGUGCGUGAGGCGCUCUGCGGAGCAUAGGAUCCCAUGGGAUGCCAAGGGCGUUUGGUCGGUGCUACCUUUCCUUUCCUGAAGGUCAAGACUCAUGUUAGUUAUCAUCUUCAAGUUUCUGUCAAAUGUGUCCCUCAGGCUUGGGUGAUCUUCGGAUCCCUACUAGUAGUUGCAUGGGGUCUUGGAUCUGCGUCAUUAGAUGAUAUCUUAUGUUGAGAGAAUAUGAUAAUUGGACACUGUGCUGUACCUAGGUAGCAUGCACUCCAGGACCCACUUGAAAGCGGUAACUUGGAAGUCAGCCUCCCGAUCGCUGCACCUCUUGCCUCGGAUUUCUUCUUCUACAAUUUAAGUCCACCAUUUCUCUCA